AUGUGGUUCCUAUCCCAACACACAAUUGCCAGAGACUCUUUCAAUAACGUGGAUACCAUUUUGGUUUUCAGUUCAACUUCGCUAAGCCCUGUGACCAUUGAUCCUCCCUUAUAUCCUGAACUAGCCUCCAUCAAUGAUUUCCUCUUUGAAGGAUGGCUCGAUGCCGGCAUUGAGCCCUCACUUGAACCCCCUUCUGACGAUGACGAUGCAUUUUCCAUGAAAGCACCAUUGCUUCGCAGUCGACUUAACACCCCCAUUUCCCAUUCCUCCACUUCAUUAUCAGUGUCCUCUGCAGUUGCCCUAUCUAUUACUUCCUCCUCAGGGCCUGAACACCUUUCUUCCAACAACCCAUUUUCCAUUAAAGCACUGUUGCUUUGCAGCCAAGUCAGUGGCCCCUUUUCUUGUUCCUCCACCUCAUUAUCAACCUUGUCCACAAUUGACCAAUCUCUUACCUCGUCCUUCAGGAAAAAAGUUGCAAGCAUUGCAUCGGCAGGCACUUUCUUCAUGGAAUGCUUGGACUCUCAGCCAUAUCGAGAAUUUCCUGUACUAACUUUUUGUGAAAGUUUAUUCAACAGUCCUCAUGCUGUUAGUGCUAGGAUUGUGUCUGUUCAGCGAUAUGGUAAUGUUCUAGGAGUGCAACAUUGGUUCCUCAUCUUUCAUGUCGCUCGAGCUGACAGGAAGGACUUCUACCUCUGGUUGGAUCGCAGACCGGACUGCCAGGUCCCAUUGCGGGAAUUUAUAACACAAGGUUUCUGGACGUCAAGUGCCACAGAUACAGCUGCUCUUUCUGGUCGACUUGACCACCUCCUCGAUUAUGCAAACAAAAGGGCCAGUGUAGAGGCUAUUAUGGUCUUCCCUACUCUGCCUCUCAUUGCAGCUGCGCAAAUUCUAUGUGCUAUUGAAAAAGAGUCCCUGCAAUACAGGUUGACCAAAGAAGUGUUGCUGCUGAGGUUUGGGGCCAACUAUGAGCCAUCUCAUGGUUAA